GUUCGCCAUGGAGAACUUUGGUAUCGCACAUGCCCUGCUGCAGCUACUGUUGCUCCAGCUGGUGGGAAGUGGUCGAGGUCACCUGCUAACUGGUCAGCCGGCCAUUGACCUGCGCAUCCAGGCGCGGGAGCAGCUGAUCUCGCAGAGCAACGACAGCGUCUACGUCCAGCGACUGAUGCGUCUGUCCAAGUCCGCCGAGAUGCGCAGCUAUAUGCAGCAGGACGCGGAUGCCUGCGACAACUUCUACGACUACAGCUGCGGAAAUUGGCCCCAGAUCAAUCCGGCCAACGAUGCCUAUCCCCGGGAGACAAACUUCGAGCAGCUGCUGGUCAAGGCCUAUCGCCACAAGCAGCAGCGGCUGAUGGAGCAGCCGGCGAACGAGGAAGUGGAUGAGGUGGCCGUGCUCCGACUGAAGGAGUUCUAUGCCAGUUGCCUGCUCUUUCGACAGGCGUCGGAGGAUCUCUACCGAGUUCAGCUGCAGGAAAUUGUGGCGGAAUUCGGACGCAUGCCAGUCCUGAGUCUACCGGGUCAGGAGUGGCCAGCCGAGGAGUUCGAUUGGCAGGACACGGUGGCGCGAGUAAAGCGGCAGUACGGCUUUGACAUCCUUCUGCUCUUCCAGCAGUCGGCGGAGCGGAUAUACGUGGGUCAGCCCAAGCAGAUUCGCCCAGAGCCCAACAGGAAGGCCGACAUAGCCAAGCAACUGGAACGUCACUUGGGUGUGGAUCCCAAAUUGGCCGGAAGAACGGCCAGGGAAAUCACACAGUUUGAGCAUCAGAUUGCCACCAUUAUGGUGGAUCGUCGAGUUGGAGUGAUGUCCAAAUUGCACAUUCCAAAUGACACGGACUACGUUGAUGGCGCUAAUCUCACCCAGUAUGUGGAAACUGUCCUUGGCCGGCAGUUGGAAGCCAACGAGUCGCUCUACGAGCAUGUGCCUGGGUAUCUAAGUAAAUUAGAUGACCUGGUGACGGUGACACCACCUCACGUGCUGGCCAACUACGUCUUCAGUGAGCUUCUAAAGCACUUCUACUACGAGCGAGCGGAAUCCGUUGUGGAGCAGUGCGUCAGCCGGGUCAGGGAUCUCUUCGCCGAGCUGCUUGACAACAUGGUAUUCAAGCAGUAUGGAGAUGAAGGCACCCUGAAGGAUAUAAAUGCCGUCUGGCAGCAGGUACAGCGCAGCUUUAGAGGUGCAUUGCAAAACUCUUCGGCGGAUUGGUUGGUUCCGGAGACGAGAGAAAAUCUGCUGGAGCAGCUGUAUACCACCAGUCUGGUGAUCAAUGGAUACGCCAAAGUGAACUUCACCCAGCGAUAUAAGGAACUGCAGCUGAAACCUAGGGAUUAUCUUCACAAUCUGAGGACCAUACUUCACCACCAGAGUUUGAGGGUCAAGGUAAAGGCUCAGACAGCGGUCACCUAUGAUCCUGUGGGAAAAAGAGUCCUGCUACCAGUGGUACUGCUCCAGCCGAACUUCCUGUGGUCCCGCUACUAUCCAAAAGCAGUGCGGUAUGGCAGUCUGGGCACCUUGCUGGCCCAGCAAUUGGCACACAGCCUGGAAGACGCAUCCAAGUGGGAUGCCAAAUCGUUUGCUGAGUACUCCAAAAGGAAGUCCUGCUUCAAGGAGCAGUACGGUAGGUUGCGGCUCAAUGGACACUACUUGCCGGAGAGCGAUCUGCAGGCGGAGAACAUAGCCGACAAUCUGGCCAUUCAGGUGGCCUACCACGCCUACCGAAGGCUUCUGGCGGAGCUGGACCCAUCCUUCCUGGGCUCGGAAUCGCUGCCACAACUGAACCUUGGCUCCCGGCGGCUAUUCUUCCUCAGCUUCGCCCAGUUGUGGUGCAAUGAUGCCAACGAGCAGUUCCGGGACAAGCAAUCCCUGUUUCUGGGCACUCCCAAUGCCCUGCGCGUCCUGGGAGCUCUAUCGAACUUUAGAGCCUUUGGACGGGACUUUAACUGCGGCAGCGCAAGCAGGAUGACCUCUGCCCAGAAGUGUCAGCUCUUCGCCGUAAACCUGGACUAGUUAGGAGAUCAACUAAAGUACUUUGAACUUAAUUCGACCCAUAAUAAAUACUUAUACUUAAUGGUUGGGACAUUGGCUUUAGU